AUGUUUGUAGUCUAUCCUGAUGACGAAAAAGUUUUCGAAAUGAAAGAUCAAUAUUUUGUUGGAAAUUCGUUACUUAUCAAACCGAUUGUAAAACAUCUACUGAAGUUUAUUUUUCAAGAAAUGAGGAGAGAUAUUUUUCAGAAAUUUAGUCGGCAGAACAUUCGAGGUUCUUCAUCGACUAUGCAUUUAGAUCCUUUAGCAUUGGUGAUUGCAUUAAACGAAAAUAGCGAAGCAAUUGGUUUUUUAUAUCUAGAUGACGGUGAAACAUAUGAUUAUGAAAAAGGAUGUUUUGUUUAUCGUCAAUUUACAUUCUCUGCUGGAAAAUUGACAUCUAAAUCAUUAUCAUCAUUAGAUAAUGAUAAAAAUAUUUUAUGCCAAGUCAAUUAG